AUGAACCAGGUUGAGAUAAUGGCGAACAAACGGGCAGCGCUUUCCCUACGAACAACACCAGACUUCGUCAGCGCUGGCGACACGAAGAAGCCACGGAUCUGCACCGAGCCGAAUGUUGACUUCACGAGCGCAGACUUCAACCCGUAUGCUGCGCUUCAGGCUUCAGACUUGAGCCCUCCAAUCGCUGAAGCUGCUGCAGUGACUAACCUGAAAGUCGCGGAGAUGUUACUACCGUGGGGGAUGCAGGAGCAAGCCGCUUCAUCAGCAAGCAGUCAACUGGCCAGGGGAGAUGACAAUUCCUUGCAGGGUCACAGCGGCUUCGAGGGGAGCCUAAAUGCAGCAAGGAACAAACAAUUUCGGAAAGAUAUGGUGGCGGCAGUUGCAGCGAGCAAGGUCGAAGCCUCUAAAAUUGGAGACAUAAUCGAACAUCGGUUCGCGGACGCCCUUCUGCACUGUGCGUUCUGUUCUUGGUCAGCGUCAGAAAAGAUCAAUCGCGAGUGUAUCCUUGGUGCCCUCCCAGGAUGGUGCUCGUCGGGAACCGAAGUGAAGGUGCACGUAAUCUGCCACGACCUUCUGCCAGGCGUAGGCGAGAAGGGUACACGCGCGAUGUUAGCCGGAACUGUCCGGUGGUUUGAUGACAAGCUCAACAUUUUGCUCCAACCAGCUCGGUUGAUGGCUGUCGAGAAGGCUGAUGGCAGCCUGGACGACAUUACUGAUCGUAGUCAGUUGGGGUGGGUUUACAUUCGGUGCCGCCAGGUAGCUGCUAUUUCUGCCUUAACAGAGUAA